UUUUCCCGAUGACUUGCAAUGUACAAACAACAAAUGUGUUUGCGAAGAUGGCUUCAGACCAGCAACGACGGAAGAGAGAUAUGCGGAGCCGUACAAUACAAGAUUUUGUAGACCCAAAACUUUUCAGUUAGGUGUACCUGUCAAUGUCACUGGAACGGAAUGUCAAAAGCACGAUUUAUCAACAAGUACUUCUUCUUCAACAACACCAAGUACUACUUCGACAACAACAACGACGACGACUACAACACCAAGUACGACUUCAACAACAACAACACCUAGUACUACUUCUACGAACAACACCAAGUACGACUUCGACAACAACAACAACGACGACGACUACAACACCAAGUACGACUACAACAACAACAACACCAAGUACGACUUCUACGACAACAACACCAAGUACUACAUCAACAACAACAACAACUCCUAGUACUACAUCAUCAACAACAACACCUAGUACGACUUCUACGGCAACAACACCAAGUACUACAUCAUCAACAACAACACCAAGUACUACAUCAACAACAACAACUCCUAGUACUACAUCAACAACAACAACAACAACACCAAGUACGACUUCUACAACAACAACACUUAGUACUACUUCUACGACAACAACACCAAGUACGACUUCUACAUCAACAACAACUCCUAGUACUACAUCAACAACUACAUCAACAACAACAUCAACAACAACACCUAGUACUACAUCUACCACAACACAACCAAGCACUAACUCUACAGCAAAUACAACAUCAAGUACAACAUCUACCACAACAACACCUCGUACAUCAUUUAAUGGGACAUCAAAUCCAUCAAGCACGACAAAUACAACAGUUGGAGUUGGCCAGAAAUGUCAUCAUAGAACAUGCCAAGAGAACUCCGAAUGCGUUAUGGAUGCAUGCAAAGUUGAACGUUGUCGCUGUGAACUAGGCUAUGCCAACAGUCCUGACGGAAAAUCGUGUUGGAAACUUUCAGCAUUGGGUGAGGUGUGUGGUGGAGAGAGGAUAUGUCAGGGUCUGAAGACACAAUGCGGAGAUAAAGGUGUCUGUGACUGCGAGGACGGGUACGAAAGGAGUGACUCUGGUCGCUGGUGCAGACUGAAGACUAGCUGGUUCAUUGACUUCCCGGUGGUAGGGGAGGUUUGUAGCGGCGGCUUCUUCUCUGAGUGUUAUAAUCAGUUCGAGCAGCAAUGUGUGGCCGGAAGAUGUAGAUGUAAAGAAGGUUUCAAAGAGAUUGUUGACAAAAAAGAUAUGGAUGCUGUGUAUCCUGAUAUUGUACAGUGUAGAAAUGAAACAUUCACUAAAGGGAAAAGAGAAGAAAUGUUUUGCCUCCAUCAAUCACGUGAAACCCAUGAAUAUUCCAUGUACGACCGAGCAAAAUCAA